GUGUCACAAGGCUUCUCUCUGUUUAUACAUACAUAUAUAUGUUUUGUGCCAAGGACUGCUGUUUGUAGUGAAGUUUGUUUUUUCCUGAAAGAUUUUUCACCUACAUUCAUAAAGGAGAUAAAAAGGAGGUAUAAAAAUCCAUAUCAUUCCACGGCGCAGCAUCUUAUCAAUCUAACAAGAGAGUGUUCCAAAAAUAUUUCAAGAUGGUAAGAAGGAAUGGACUUUGGAAGCUAACGCAACUGCGGGCUCUGAUGAAGAAUGUUCAAGCUGGUGGCAUCAGAGAAAGAGGGAUCCAGGCUUUGAUUGUUAAUGGAGAGGAUGCGCAUCAAUCAGAGUACUCGACCGAGCGAGAUCAGAGACGACGUUUCAUCAGUGGAUUCCGAGGUUCUUAUGGUACAGUGGUUGUUAUGUACGACAGAGCAUUGCUGUGGACAGAUGGAAGAUAUUAUACGCAAGCCUUGUCAGAACUGGAUCCACCAGAGGAGUGGACCUUGAUGAGAGAAGGCUUAUUAGACACACCUACCAUCGCUGCAUGGUUGGCUUCAAACUUACCUCCAAAAUCUGCAGUUGGAGCUGACGCUAAUCUAAUAAGUUAUACAGAAUGGGCACGAUUGCAUACUAGUUUGACUACUGCUGGUCAUUGUUUAAUUCCUCUUCCUGAAAAUUUGGUAGAUAAAGUAUGGGCUGAUGAACAACCAGCACCUACGGCCAAUGUAAUCUUACCUCAGUCAUUACAAUAUUCAGGCCAAAGUGCAGGGGAUAAAGUAAGAUUAUGUCGCAAAGCUAUGAAGGAGAACAAUGUGAUGAUCCUUGUAGUAACUGCAUUGGACGAGAUUGCGUAUUUGUUAAAUUGGAGAGGAUCUGAUAUACCUUUCAACCCAGUUUUCUUUACGUAUGUUAUUCUCACUCCAAAAGAUGUACAUGUCUUCGUAGAUAGAAGUAGACUUAGCCAAGAGGCAUUAGAGCAAUUGAAAAACGAAGGUGUCGACCCAAUUUUUCAUGCUUACACAGAUAUACAUGUCUAUAUGAAAGAACUCGUGAAUCUAUGUAUGGAACAAGAUAAGAUUUGGAUCAGCAAUAAGUCCAGUUAUGCAUUACACGCAGAUUGCGGAGAAGUCAAGAAGCAUACAGACAUUACACCUAUCAGCGUUAUGAAAGCGAUCAAAAAUCCGAUCGAAAUAGAGGGUAUGAAGGCGGCGCAUGUGAGAGAUUCUGUAGCACUCGUAAAAUAUUUUGCCUGGUUGGAAGAUAAGAUCAAGAAUACAAAAGAGCAAAUUACAGAAAUUUCAGGUGCGACGCGACUGGAAAAAUUCAGACAGGAGCAGGAUCAUUUUGUUGGAUUAAGUUUCACAACUAUAUCAUCUAUUGGUCCUCAUGGAGCGGUUAUUCAUUACUCACCUACACCGGAGACCGAUAUGCCUAUUACAGAUCAAGAGCUUUACCUCUGUGAUUCUGGCGCACAGUAUCAUGAUGGUACGACAGAUGUAACGAGGACCCUGCAUUUUGGCGAACCUACGAAUUUCGAACGUGAAUGUUUCACCAGAGUAUUUAAAGGACAAUGUCGUCUUUCAACAAUGAUAUUUCCUUUAAAGACCAAAGGAAAUUACCUUGACACAUUGGCACGCGAAAGCUUAUGGAACGUUGGCCUUGAUUAUCUUCACGGUACUGGUCAUGGCGUAGGAUCCUACCUGAAUGUUCACGAGGAGCCUAUCGGUAUUACAUGGAAGCCACAUCCAGAUGAUCCAGGUUUGCAACCUGGGAUGUUCUUAUCGAAUGAGCCAGGAUAUUAUGAAGAUGGCAAAUUCGGUAUUAGACUGGAAAAUAUCGAAUUAGUUGUUUCUGCAAAGACACCUUACAAUCAUAAAAAUCGAGGUUUUCUUACUUUCGAAACUGUGACACUUGUACCUAUUCAAACCAGUUUACUUGAUGUCUCAAUGCUUACAGAUAAGGAGAUUGAAUAUUUAGAUAACUAUCAUGCAAAAUGUUUGAAGAGUUUAAAACCUUUUCUACAAGGUGCAGAAAAUAUUCAGGCACUUAAAUGGCUGGAGAAGCAAUGCCUUCCUAUUUCUCGCUAAUCGUUUUAUAUAUUAAUUUCACAAUUUUUAUAAUACACUUUUGAAUUACAGGGUG